AUGAGUUAAGAAUUAGAUGUGAGUAAAGCAGAGUCAAGUGACAUUUCUAUGGAGCUAGAUGUCAUUUUCCAAAAGAAAAUGUAAGAAAAGGAAGAAUUAGAAAAAAGAUAAAUUGAAGAGAUUAAAGAAAUCCAAAAAGACAUUGAUUAAUAACAGAUUCUUAAAGAAAUUGACAAAAUCCACAUCUCUUAUGAGCAGAUACAUAUUUUUCAUUUGAAACAAAAGGGACUGUAUAACGAAGAAGAGGAAGAGAUUAAAAAAAAAUAAAAAUUUCAAAGUAUAAAAGACAUAAAGGUCUCUGACGUAAAUGAGCUGCCUAUUGAAUUGAAUAUUUUAGACUAAAUGAAAGAACUAUUUUAAGAUUAAGUAUUAAGAGAUUGGGAAAAUAAGUAGCAAUAUGAUAAAUUUAAGAAAGUUUGCAUGCAACCUGCUGCUUUAAAAUUAAAUUAAUGGAUAUUUUGGAUGAUUCUUACUAUUAAAUAUCCUAACACCUCCUCCAACCCUAAAGUUUUAGAAGGAAUUAAAGAUUAUAUUAGUCAAGAAUACACCUUGCUAAAUACUCUCAUCCCUAAGCCUAAAGAAGAGUUUUUAAAUCCAAUAAUCUUUAUUAUGACCUACAACUGCCAUAAGAUGAUGUUCGAAAUAUUUUUUCAAGAUCGAAAAUAAUUUAAUAUGAGAUUGAUUUUAGAUUGCUACCACCUUGUCAUAUUUGAAAUAAAUGGAGUUCUUACUACAGAUUUUUACAUUUAACAAACGAUAGAUAAAUAUUUUUCUUCUAAAUUUCUUGAUUAUGAAAAAGCUACAAAAUUUACAGAAAUUUAGAAAAAAAAGAAAAUGUUAGAAAGGGGAAGAGACUUUCUAGGGCAUUUUUUAGAAAAACCAGAACCUAAAACAGCUGAUGAAAUUAAUUUUUAUCAAAACAUUAAAAGAAUAUUAUCGGUUGGCAAAAAGAAAGAAUCAAAUAAAUAUGGAGGUAGAUUAUAGAUGAUAAGAAAUAUUAGCAGCAAUAGCUCAAAUAAUUCUAGCUUAAUGGAAUCAGAAUCAUCGCUAAAGCGUAACAGAAAAAGUUCAUUCUUAGCUGGAAAAUAAAAUUAACGUGGUUCAAUUUAAUCAAACAAUUCUCCUUCAAUUAAUAACAUAAAUGGUAAUUAACAGUAAACAAACUUCUAGCCUCUAUUAGAUAUAAUGAAAUAAAGAAAAAAAGAUAAAAACUUUAGAUACCAAAAGGGGGAUGAUAUUUAUGAAAACAUAAGUCCCUCUUUGAGAGUUAAAAAUUCAGGUAGAGACAUUGCUUAUGCUCGUCUUAGAUUUAAUAUAAAUCAUGUUUCUCCAGCAAUAUCAAAAUAACUAGAGUUAAAGGAUUGCUCCUUGUAGGAUACUAGAAAGCAAGUUAUUUUUCAUCCAAUAGAUAGAUUUGUUAAAUCAAAAGACUAUAUUUAAGAAAUAGAGAAGAUGAAACAAGAGUCUAUUGCUAGGCAAAAGCAAAUUGAUAUUAAAGUUAGGGAGCAAUUUAACAUGCAACUUAUAAAUAGUGAAUAAAUGAAACUUAAAGUCCUCAAAGGAAACCAAGAUAUGCCCUCAAUGGAUGUAAUAUCUUCACACUCCGAUUUAUCUUCAGAUAGUUCACUUUAAUUUGCAAGAGAAAUAAUCAAACUUAAAUUAGCGCCCAAAAAAAAAGAUGAUGAACUGCAAGCAUAAACUUAUCGUCAUAGAGCUUAAUUUGAGCAAGUUAAGUAGAUAAAUCAGCUUUUAGAUGAAAAAGGAGCUAAACUAGCUGAUCUUCCCUCUACACUACAGUUUACUCAAAAAAAAAGCGCUGAAGAAUAAGAAGAAGAGGAUGAUUAAAGAUAAAAAAUAUUAAAUAUACUAAACUAAAAAAAUAUUUAUUUUUAAAAAUAAAAUUCUUUGAUACAAAAAGAAUAUAACUGGCUGAAUACGAAGCUUUAAAAAAAUGUUACUUCUAACAACACAAUUACAAGUUAAAAUCAAAUAUCUUAACACUCGUUACAUCUUUAAAUUAACUCAAACAAAGACUUAAAUCAAAAUAAUUAACAAACUCAAUCAUCUUAAUAGAAAUUAUAGAAUGUCAAAUCAAUAAAAGUAACAUUUGAUGUAGGUAAUAAAUCUCAAGCUUCAUCAAUGAAACAAAUUCCUAAAUCAAAUGAAAAUAGUCCAAAUAUUAGUAAUUAAAAAUCACAAUUCAACUUCUUUCCUAAUUAACUUAACUAAUCUAUAAAAUCUGGUAAUAAUGCAUAAUUAGGUGAUUUAAACAUUAAAAAUUCUUCAUAAUUUGGUAUAAAGCUAAUAAAUAAUAAAAUAUAAUCUAAAUACUAGCAUGCAGAUGACCACUUUUAAAACUAUCAACAUUAAAAAAUUAAAUUUAUUCUAGAAGAAAAAUAGAAAGUUGAUUCAUCUGUUUAAUUUUUAGUACUUGAAUAAGAGGAAGAUUUAAUUAAUGGCCUUAAUAAAGCCAAGCGUUUUUCUUCUUUUUCACCUCGAAACGCUUAGUAGCCAUAGAUUAAGAUAGUUAAAUCAAAAGAAUACAGAGAUAAAUAUCAUAACAUGAGCGAUUUAAUUAGCAAUUUAGAAGACUAAUAAUUACUUAAAGAAAAAAAUCGUUUUGCUAUCCAGCAAAUUUGA